AUGAAAAUCUUCCUGAUUACUGCUGCUUGCUUAGCCGUGGCUGUUGCUGGCCCCACGCGCUUUGCUGUACCCGGUAUUGUUACACCUGACAUUGUCGAAAACGAGCCUAUCUCCGUUGGACCCACAAUCGUGGAAGGUGAUUACCAACCCAUCUCUGUUGGACCGGCUAUUGUCCCUUCACCUGUGGGCUCACCUCUAGUCCAAAUCAUCGUUAACGUUAAGCCUGCCUCCGACAAGCCAGUGUCCGUAGAUCAUCCUGAAGUUGAUUCUAUUAUCGUUGCUCCUGUGAUUAUACCUGAGGACGCCAUCGAGGAGACCGACCCUGUCAUCGUAGCUCCCGUCAUCAUCCCCGAUGAAUCCAUCGACGAGACUGACUCCGUCAUCGUCGCUCCCGUCAUUAUUCCCGAGGAAUCCGUCGACGAGACUGACCCCGUCAUCGUCGCUCCCGUCAUCAUUCCCGAGGAAUCCGUCGACGAGACUGACCCCGUCAUCGUCGCUCCCGUCAUCAUUCCCGAGGAAUCCGUCGACGAGACUGACCCCGUCAUCGUCGCUCCCGUCAUCAUUCCCGAGGAAUCCGUCGACGAGACUGACCCCGUCAUCGUCGCCCCCGUCAUCAUUCCCGAGGAAUCCGUCGACGAGACUGACCCCGUCAUCGUCGCUCCCGUCAUCAUCCCCGAGGAAUCGAUCGCUGAGCCUGAGCCCAUCAUAGUCGCUCCAGUGAUCAUCCCACAGGAAUCCGUCGACGAGCCCGAAUCCGUUGUUGUCGCUCCCGUCAUCAUUCCCGAGGAAUCCGUCGUCAAACCGGAGCCAAUCAUUGUAGCUCCUAUUGCUCCUGUCCCUGUGAUUGUUCAUCCCGACAUCCUUAACUAA